ACGCGCACGGCCGCUGGUGACGCCACUAAACAGUUGUGUUGCUGGGCAGCUGCAGAGGCAUUGUCAUGUGACCGCGCAGGUCCUGUGAAUCUUCCGAGAACGCGCUGCGCGUGCGUGUUGUGUGUCUGUUCCUAGCAGGAGUUGGUCGCUGCUGCCCGGGGUUGCCUGAUCCCUGUGUGACCCGUUCAUCUACUGCCUAGACAUGGGCUGUGCCUUCUCUAAGAAAGCCAAGAGAAAGGGGAGCGCCAAAGACUCGGCACCCGGAGAACAGCAACAACAGCAAGACGGGCAGGAGAACAAGCAGUACAGCUGGGACAAGAGGGAGAAGGUAGACCCCAAGGACUACAUGUUUAAUGGCUUGAAGGACCAGACGAUAGGACGGUUGCCAGAUAAAGUCGCAGGCCAACAAUUUGUAAUACAGGAAUGCGAGAACUGCAACAUCUAUAUAUUUGACCAUUCUGCCACCAUCACCAUCGAUGACUGCACAAAUUGCCGCAUCUUCUUAGGGCCUGUAAAAGGCAGCGUGUUCUUUCGCGACUGUAAGGAUUGCAAAUGCAUCGUGGCCUGUCAGCAGUUUCGCACCAGAGAUUGCAGGAAAAUGGAAGUAUUUUUAAGCUGCACCACCCAGCCAAUCAUAGAGUCCUCCACUGGAAUGAAGUUUGGAUGUUUCCAGUUCUAUUACCCAGAACUAGCAGCACAGUUCAAGGAGGCAGGCUUAAGCAUCUUCAACAACACAUGGAGCAACAUCCACGACUUCACCCCCGUGUCAGGAGAGACCAACUGGAGUCUUCUUCAAACUGAGUACGCAGUGCAAGACUACGUGCCCAUCCCAGACUCUGAAGAACUGAAAGCCGUGCGCGUUUCUACAGACGUUAACCGGAGCAUAGUGCCAGUCACUUGGGGUCAGCGCCUGAAAAAAAGUGACGAGUCCUGCUUGGUGGUUUUCUUUGCUGGAGAUUACACCAUAGCAAAUGCCAGGAAGAUGAUUGAUGAGGUAAUGGGGAAGAUG